GCUAUCGGGCGGAAGUUCAGGACUUUUGUUUUGAAGCGCGCGCUGCCUGGCGCUGGAUUUUAAACCCUGCUGCUUAUUUCACCGUGUCUGCUUCAUAGCCACAAACUAUUCAAUCCGCCCUCCUGCCUUCCACGCCGGCACAGCCUGGGGAUGUGGUGAUACUCAGCGCCGGGAAGCUGAAGGAGGAGGUGAAGCUGAAGGAGGAGGUGAAGCUGAAGGAGGAGGUGAAGCUGAAGGUGCUGGUGAAGCUGAAGGUGCUGGUGAAGCUGAAGGUGCUGGUGAAGCUGAAGGUGCUGGUGAAGGUGCUGCCUGUGGGGUUUGUGCUGUAAUUAAGUAUGUCGUUUGUGCGGAUUAACCGGAGACCAGCUCGGGCCAAGAAACUGUCGCUUCCCAAGAAGGAAUGGGUGAGCACCGUGAAUGAUCUGUCAGUGCACAAGUGUACAGCUGAGGAACUGUCCAGGCGUCAUGACCUGCACAGAUCCCAAAACAGAGCUGCAGCCCAGUGGGAGAUGAGGGAGAAAAUCCUGAAAAACAGAAAACCUCAGCUGACAAGCCCUCCUGGACUUGAUCAGACUAGACUGAGGUUAUUCAGAGAGGUGUUCUCAGAUCACUGUGAGCUGCAGGACGUUCUAACACGAUCGGACCGAGCGCUGGCGGUGGUAAAGGAUCUGUUUGGUGACACGCCUCGCAGACAGAAAGGUUUUCCGAGCGUAACCAUGGCGCCUGACUUCGACACGGAUUCUGAACUUCCUGUGCUGCAGAAACCGGAUCCGCCAACACAGCUGACACUGCUCAGCCGCUCACUGAUGGACCAACAGGCUUUAAAUGAAGUGGAUGAUUCUGCAGCAGGUCAUGGUGAAGAUCACGAUGUCUCGGUCAGCAUCUUCGACAGUGAAAGGUGCAGGACGAAGAGAAAAACCUGUAAAGCAAAGCCCCCUGGUUGGAGAACAUCUCAUCAACCACAGCAGCAGAACGUGCCCCAGACUCCCUGUAAUACAACAAGCUUGGAGGAACAUGCAGCUUUGAACGCAACCGUGGCUGUGCAGCGUCUGAAGUCGAGGCAGCCUCCGUCUGAGGAAGAGCAGCCCCCCACUAUUGUCAGCCAGAUCCUCAAUCCUGACCCACCCCCCUCUUGUUCUGGUGCUAAGAGCAGGCCUUACAGAACCACCAGAGGGUGCUCUCCUGAAGCCUCAGGUGUUAGUUCUCAGAGAGCUAACCAGUCGAGCCUGGAGCUGCUGCAGGAUAUGCUGGCUCAGGUGGAGACCGAGCUGGACUGCUUGGAGCCACAGGAGCUUCUUAGACCCUCUGAUCACCCCGGGCUUCAGCAUGGCCGAGGUCUUACUAGCUUCUCUGUGGCUCUUCUUGGUACUCUGGGACGCAUCGUCAGUCAUCUAAAACGAAAGGACGAGGAGGUGAAAAAGGAGGUGCAGGAGAGGAGGAUGAUGGAAGAGGAGAUGAAGGAGCAGAGAAACCUGAUAGAUGCCCUCACAGCUGAGUGUCUCACCCUGAGAGAGGAAAGUGCCAGCCUACAGGUGAGCCUGCAGGAGCGGAUAGCUGAACUCGAGCAGCGGCUGGACAUGGUGAUUCUUACAAUGGGAGAACUGGGAAAGGACACAGACACACAGGGUGGAUGCCUCCAGCCUGAGGCUGCUGAGAGAGAUCAUGUGGAGCCAGCCACUAUCUCACCUGCUGUGCUGCUUUCUCCUCCACACCAGAGAGACAACAGAGCGCCACCUACUGCACGUGCCCGAUCUUUGCACUUCGGGGACUCUUGCACACCAGGAAGUGGGUCACCAGGUGACUCGGACACCUCACGCACUUCGACCUCGUUCGUGAGCUUGCCGGAGAGCGUCUUGCCUCGUCCUGGCCCGCUGCUGAACCAGUUCUCCCAGGAUGCCGUGCUGGAGCAGAUAGCGGCGUUAACCAAUCAGAACUCUGUGAUCCGUGCUCAGCUAGGACACGACCAUCCCGCUCCUACACACAGCUCAGAUAGACCAACAUCGCCCCCUGCUGGACCCCAGCCCACACAACAGGGUGUAGGUGUGGACGACUCCUCAGUGAGGCUCAUGGAGGACAGACUUCAGGAGCUGAACAGACAGAGUGCAGCUGCCAGGGCCAAACUGCUGGAGCUUAUUGAGCAGCAGAGACCGACCACAUCUCACAGCGCCUCUCCCUCCAUCUCCCCCAUACCCCCACACUCCACCAGUCCUCACACAGUUAUUGGAAGGCGGACCCCUGAAGUGUGUGUGUCCAUACCUGAAAAAGCCCAGCCCUCUCACACCAGGACAAACAGCAGCAGAAGGUCAACCGAAGCACUUUCUCCUCACAACGUAGAGGGAAGACAAAAGCAGACCGUUAAUACACAGGUGGACAAGCUGAAAGGAGAAGGUUGGUUUGCACUCUCUGCUCACGUCCGAUAGCACGAUUGACUGCAGGCUGGUGGGAUGCUACAGUUACACACUACCUGCAUUCUACACUUCUGUCUCUCUGAGUGGUUUAGUUUUUAAUUUUGCACAUCAGUAAAUGUUAGAAAUAAAAUGUAUUUUAUUGUACGGUUGUAACAAUGUAGAGUGGCAGUAAGUGGAACAGUAAUGAAAUCACUUUCCCUUUGAGUUGCAUUAAAUUCACAACAGUAAUAAAAAAAAUUAUUUUAUAAAAACAAUAAUCAACCCUUA